GGGGGUCAGUUAGUAAUACUGGAGCCCUUGAUUGUGUUAUCAUGGAUACAAACGAAGACUACCUGUGGAACCCAAUAGCUUGUACAGAAGAUAAAUUUGUCGUCUGCGAAGCAGACCCCGACGAAUGUCUGACGUCGCCUUGCGAUCCAAACGCGGAUUGCACGAACACCAUCGGAUCUUUCACCUGCGAAUGUCAUAGUGACUACUACGGUGACGGUUUCACCUGCCAACCAUUUUGCAGUACAGGCUUCACAAUGCACGGUGGGUACUGCUACGGGUUGUCGCCCACACCUGGCAAAGCCGUAGAAGCGCUGAAUUACUGUACAAGCCAGGGCGGGAGGGCAGCCGAACCAAGAAGUCAAGAGGAGCACGACAACAUCAAAGCUUUGCUGACCGGGUCCACCUGGAUUGGAAUAACUGACCUCAAUAACCCAGGCACGUUUACCUACGCCAGUGACGACUCGGCCCUAGUUUUCACGUCAUGGGCAGCGGCGCCAGGAAGUGGAAACUGUGUCAUAAUGGACAGCGGUCAAGAUUACGACUGGGCGCAAGAUUCAUGCUUGGAUACAAAUCCAGUUGUUUGCCAGCAAGGUGAAUAUAUAUAUUGA